UAUGCUUCCAUUCUCUUUUACGUGGGGCGGAGCGUCGGCUUCCGCCCUUAGAGUAUAAGAGGCAGAACAAAUCCACGUGGAUGGAUGUCGAGUAGCUACAGUAGCUCGUCUUGCUUCCCACACCCCACGCCGUUCGUCUUCAUAGUAGUUUAGUCUAGUCUGGUCUAGAUAAAUAGAUAGAUACCUAGACAUCAUGAGGUUCGCCGAUCUGCUCGUGGCUACGGCCGCCAUCUCCAGCGCCGUCGCGGUGCCCAGCCAGACCAAGAAGCGCGCAAGUCCUUUCCAGUUCACCGGCGUAAGCGAGUCGGGAGCCGAAUUCGGUAAUACGGCUCUUCCCGGACAACUCGGCAAGGACUACACUUGGCCCGACCACACUGCCAUCUCUACCCUGAUCCAGAAGGGUUUCAACACCUUCCGUAUCCCCAUCAUGAUGGAGCGUAUCAUCCCGAACACGUUAACCGGCACCGUCAACGAGACCUACGCCGCCGGCCUUGACGACAUCGUCACAUUUGUCACCGGCCAGGGCGCCUACGCCGUCAUAGACCCGCACAACUUCGGGCGAUACUACAGCAACAUCAUCACGGACGUAUCCGGCUUCGGCGCGUGGUGGACGACGGUAGCCAAGCGCUACGCCUCCAACGAGAAGGUCAUCUUCGAUACCAACAACGAGUUCCACGACGAGGACAACGCCCUCGUCGGCCAGCUCAACCAGGCCGCCAUCGACGCCAUCCGCGCCGCCGGCGCCACUUCCCAGUACAUCUUCGUCGAGGGCAACUCGUGGACCGGGGCUUGGCAUUGGGUCUCCAGCGGCACCUCCGAGGCCAUGGGUCAACUAACCGACCCCCAGGACAAGAUCAUCUACGAGAUGCACCAAUACCUCGACACCGACGGCUCCGGCACAUCCGAAGCCUGCGUAUCCGGCACCAUCGGCGCAGAGCGCCUCGCCGACGCCACCGCCUGGCUCAAGGCCAACAACAAGAAGGGAGUGAUCGGCGAGACCGCCGGCGGCGCCAACGCGCAGUGCAUCGAGGCCGUCCAGGGCCUGCUGGCCCACCUGGAGGAGAACUCGGACGUCUGGACCGGGUGGUUGUGGUGGGGCGCCGGUCCCUGGUGGGCUGACUACAUGUACUCGAUCGAGCCGCCGUCCGGGACCGCGUAUACGAGUGUGUUGCCGUCUUUGACGGAAUAUAUCUAAAUAGGGGGCGUUAUAAGUCGCUGACGUAUAUAUAUGGAGGGACGAUUAUGAGCUUGAAUAUGUGAAAUAGGUACGCCACAGCUACUCGGGCAAAGAACUGUAUAUAGCACGACGAGAGCAAGGAUAGAAAAGAAAAAAGAUUGUAUAUUGGCGCGAAU